AGUCUUAUCUAAAAUCAUCAUUCAAAGCUAUCUUAAGCUAAUCAAGGUAAGAAAUAUUUCAUUUUUACAUUCACAUGCAUCUAGUACUUCAUAUAUUUUAUAAUUACAUUCCAAGUAAUUUGCAGCUUCUAAUAUAGUUUAUUGAAAAAGGUAACAUAUAUAUAAUCAAAUUGGAUUCAUAACUUGAAAAAAAAAAUGUUCAAGUGUGGAACCUCAUUAUUGGUGCCUUCAGUCCAAGAACUUGCAAAACAGGCCAACAUUGAAGUUCCAGAAAAGUAUCUUCAACCAAAUCAAGAUCCUAUUGUUGUAUCAAAUACAACUUCUUUACAACAAGUUCCAAUCAUUGAUCUAAGUAAAUUGUUAUCUGAAGAUGCAAAUGAGCUAGAGAAGCUAGAUCUAGCUUGUAAAGAAUGGGGGUUCUUCCAGUUGAUUAAUCAUGGAGUCAAUCCAUCAUUGAUAGAAAAUGUGAAGAUAGGUGUUAAAGAAUUCUUAACCUUGCCCGUGGAAGAGAAGAAGAAACUUUGGCAAACCCCAAAUGAUAUAGAAGGAUUUGGUCAAUUAUUUGUUGCAUCUGAAGAUCAAAAGUUAGAAUGGGCAGAUUUAUUCUUCAUCGCGACUCUUCCAUCAUAUGCAAGGAAUCCACGCUUAUUUCCAAAUAUUCCACAACCAUUUAGAGAAAAUUUAGAGACCUAUUGUUUAGAAUUGAAAAAAGUUUGUAUCACAAUCAUCAAACAUAUGGAAAAAGCUCUUAAAGUUGAACUAAAUGAAAUACUAGAAUCAUUUGAUGAUAUAAAUCAAUCAAUGAGGUUCAAUUACUACCCUCCUUGUCCCAAACCAGAAAAUGUCAUUGGAUUGAAUCCUCAUUCUGAUGCGGCGGCCUUAACCAUCCUUCUCCAAGCAAGUGAUAUUGAAGGUCUCCAAAUAAGAAAAGAUGGACAGUGGAUUUCUAUUAAACCACUCACCAAUGCUUUUGUCAUAAACAUUGGAGACAUUUUGGAAAUUCUGACCAAUGGAAUUUAUCGAAGUAUUGAACAUCGAGCUACAGUUAACUCAAAGAAAGAGAGGAUUUCCAUUGCAACAUUUCACAGACCUCCAAUGAGCAAGGUUUUAGGUCCAACACCAAGUCUUGUUACUUCUGAAAUGCCUGCAUUGUUCAAAACACUUACAGUGGAAGACUACUACAAAGUAUUCUUUUCACGCCAGCUACAAGGAAAAUCAUGCCUUGAUGUUAUGAGAAUCCAAAAUGAGAAUAAUAAGCCAUAAAAGUUUUGUAGGACUAUUUGGGCUAAAAAUAAACAUGUCUGAAAAUAGUUACCCCCUAUGUGGUGGUAGCUAAAGAAAAUUAAAUAAUUCAAUAAUGUGGAUUUGUACUAUCAUGGGAAUCGAAAAUUACUAUUAUUAAACUUUCAUAAACAACGGUUGCAAGGUUUCAUACCUGUAAUUGACUAAA